ACUUCCGCCUCCGCCGUCCUUGGAAGCCGCAGAGACGCCGCCGCCGCUCGACAGAAACUCAUGGCCAAGAUGAGCAAAGAGACCAAACAGCGGCUGCAGCAGCUGUUCCAGUGCGGGCAGUUUGUCAUCCGGUGGGGCUUCAUCCCCACCGUGCUCUACCUCGGUUUCAAACGAGGAGCGGAUCCAGGAAUGCCUGAACCGACAGUCCUGAGUCUACUGUGGGGCUGAAGGACGUCUCUCCGCUCGUCGUCGUCUCGUGACCAAGUCAUCAGAAGGAGCCCGCCUUCGACUGUUCUUCUGCUGGACGACGAGUGAAAAGCAGCGAUCUGAUCCCCUCUGCUGGAACCUGACUGCUGAAGAUCCGGGCGUCUUAUGGAGGGUUCAACAGGCCCUGGAAGUGUGUGAUAUGGACUGGUUAAUGGAGAGCUGAGGUUUUUUUUUUUUUUAAAUGUUUGACGGUGAUGUUGGGUGAACAUUCUGUUUCAUGUUUAUUUCAUUGUAAGUUAAAAUAUAUGAAAAUAAAUCCUGAUAAACGAC